AAUUCCCCUUUCACCGCAUAAAUAUCUCCUCCCCCUUUUACCCCCAAUUCCCCAUUUCAUUCUCUCAUGGCUCAAUCCUCAGAUCAGAUUAAAGAAUUCAGAACCUGAGCUUCUUCAACAAUUUCAGCUUCAAUUUACCACUUCACUCUGAAAAACCCAACAAAUUCUGUAUCUCCGACCUUAUGAUGAAGGAUUUUCCUUCUUGUUUCGGCGAAAAUGGCGUCCAAAUUGCAGAUUCUUCUUCUUCUUCUUCUUCUUCUGCUUCCUCCUCCUCUUCUUCGAGCAUCACUAAAGCUGCUCAAAACCUAGUCACCUGCGUGUACCAGUGCAAAUUACGCGGCCGAUUGAGCUUCAUUGUUCUCACAUGGACCAAGCAUUUGAUGGGGCAAGCCCUCUGUCUUCAAAUCCAGAAUUCCGCCAAUCACUGCCUCUGUAAGCUCGACAUUAAGCCAUGGCUGUUCUCCAAGAAGAAAGGAUCUAAGAUCGUCGACAUCGAAUCGAGCAAAUUGGAGAUCCACUGGGACCUAACAAACGCCAAAUUCGGCUGCGGACCGGAGCCGGAGGAGGGAUUCUUCGUCGCGGUGGUGUUCGACCGCGAGCUCAUAUUCCUCGUCGGCGAUUCCGCGACGGAGCCUUACAAGAAGAUCGCCGCGGCGGCGGCGGUGUUCGUCGCGAAGAGAGAGCACGUCUUCGGGAAGAAAUCGUACUCCGCUAGGGCUCAAUUCAGCGAGAGAGGGCAAACGCAUAACCUCUCGAUCGAGUGCGACACCGGCGGGAUUAAGGAACCGAGCUUGGUGAUUCGAAUCGACAGCAAGACGGCAGUGCAGAUAAAGCGGCUGAAAUGGAAGUUCAGAGGGAAUCAGACGAUUGUGGUGGACGGAAUUCCGGUGCAGGUGAUGUGGGAUGUGCACAAUUGGCUGUUCGGGAACGCUGCCAUGAGCAGCGCCGUGUUCAUGUUCCAGACGCACAAGAACAGCCAAUCUGGUUUUGAUUCUUCUCCUUCUCCUUCUCCUCCUUCUUCAUCUUCUCCAUACUCUCAACAGAUUAAAGAUUCAAAGUUGCAGUUGCAGGGUUUGGAUUUCUCCCUAAUUCUAUAUGCUUGGAGGAAUGAAUGAAUACAGAAACAAAAACACUUUUAUCUAAAGUGAAUUUUUUAAAUCGGCGUUUGUUAUAUUUAUUAAUUAUUUUUUUUUCCAUACAUGACAUAUCAAAAUUUAUAGCGUUUUGUUCUUCUCAUUUGAUCUCAAAUUGCACUUUUUUGUUUCCUUUUAGAACUGGGAUUUCCUUUUUUUGACUCUCAA